AUGUUCGGCACUUCACUUCAGUUAUGCAUCGCUGGCCUUUGCCUGGUUGGUACUGUUUUAUUUACCAACAUUGAUAACCGAAUUACCUGGAAUAACGCCAUCCAAGAGGCGGAAACAUGUGGUGCCACAUCCAUUUUGUCGACAGUGAAUCAUACUAAGGGCAUACUCAUUGGCGUAUCAACUGCAUGCAUCGUUACGUACAUUGUUUUUGCCCUUGCACUGCUGGGGUUCUCUAGACAUGUUUCACGAAGCCUGGAGAGAGAGUUAUCUCACCUGUACGAUGCCUUCGACUUGCUGAGUAAACUGCAAUUAGAAAGCGUUCCGUUGUACGUUAACGAACACACCGACGUGGAUGUUAUAACUGAGAAGCAAACCUUUUUAUUGGAGCGCUAUUCUGAUCAAGUCGAAUUGCAAAAGGUUCAAGACGUCAUGAACAACGUUACCUUGGUUAUACGUCAUUUCCGCAAAACGCUUCCCGAUACCAUCUUUAAAAAAAAAAUGGCUGGGGUGAUUGCGGAGUCAUCUCAGAGAGAAGAUCGUGGAAUAGGGACACCCGGAGCACAAUCAUCACCAACAUUGGGAUCCAUAAAUGUAGUAGGAGCAGCAUCUUCACCUGGGAGGCAACAUGCCGCCUCUCUGCGCACCAGCCUAACCGACUACCCUCUGACUCAUCGAAGCGAUGAGACCCGAGCACUUGUUAGUGUCACACGCGACGGUAGAAAAAAGUUUGCUGAGAAUGAAGGUUCAUAUAGGACACUGAAUGUCAGUGAAAUACAUGGAGGAGUUGAAUCCGGAUUGAAGAGAAGGAAGGCUACUUUGAUGGUGGCGUGCCUAUCUGGUUUCGUGCCACAGAUGGACGCAGAUCUACGAUAUUGUCAUUACCUAUCACAAGAGUUUCACUCUCUUGUGACUGACAUCGCUGACAAAUAUGGUGGUACAGUUUUGAAAGUAACAUCAGACAGGGUAAUUGUUGAAUGGAAUGCGUUCAGUGAUGCUUCCAGCCACGAAAAGGCUGGGAUGCAGUGUGUCUGUGAGACAAUUGUUGCCCUUGAUUCGUUUAUUUACGAGGUGACGUAUUCCACACGCAUGAAGCUGACCCCGGUAGUGAUGGCAACUUCAGGCUACAUUCUGGCCGGAACAGUUGGUACUGAGGAUGAAAGAGCCAUGCCAAUUUACGGAAAUUGUGUUGCCCUUGGUGAAGAGCUUCCUUCGCUUUUAAUUACCCUGGGUGUAAAAUAUGCAUGUACAGGGGAUUUGUCUGAAAGCUGCCCUGGUGGAUGUUGUUGUAUUCCGAUAGAUUGCGUGACAGAUGCCAACAAUAAUCAGCAUGUUGUGUACGAGAUAUUUGAGGGUUCCCAUUCACAUCAUAAAAAACUUGUUGAAGCGUUUCAAUAUUUCCAGGCAGGCGAAUACGCUACUGCGGAGCGCAUGUAUUGUGAUAUCUAUGAUGCAAACCCUGGAGAUGAGCAGACGUUUCGAUUGGGACAGUUAUGCUACUAUCUUCAGAAAAGUGGGAAAAUAUACCGGAGACGCAUACCUCAAUGGCAGCUAUUUCCUGUAGAGGUUGAUGAAUCAACCAACAUGCCACUACAAAAAAGGAAGGAUUCAUAUCACUGGAGGAAGCCUGAGGCAAGCUCUGUCGAGGAUCAGCUUCGACGAGCUAUAUUGAGUCGAGAUGGUACUUGCCCACCGUCGGCCUCUUCAACUGAUGGCCAUCAGGUCGGUUUGGCUCCCCAUGCUUACAGGGCUCGUAGCCCUAGUUGCCCAGCAUCUCCAGAUAUCGACUGGAGGCCGGAUAUCACAGAGUUUCGUGAUCGUCAAGGGAUGAUAUUUCGCAUGUCGAACCGUAUUUUGGGCACUGGAGCAUGUGGAAGCGUAUCGAUCGGGUUAUCGCAGACGGGAGCCUUGGUCGCUAUCAAGGCGAUUGAACUUUCAGUAAUUCGGUAUACACAAACUGAGAAUAUGAGUAGCGUUAACCGUCGGCGUUUGCGCAGAAAAGGUAUAAACGUCGAAGGGAACGUCGAGGAGGCAUUAGAUGCGAUUAUUAAUGAAGUGAGUUUGCUUUCUCGUUUACGGCACCCAAAUAUAGUGGGUUACAUAUCAUGCGCUGUUUUGGAUCAAAAACUUCUGGUUGUGAUGGAGUUGGCAAGUGGCGGCAGCCUACACAACCUGCUGUGGCAGUUUUCAAAAGUCAAGGUGAACCGUGCGAAGCGGUACCUGAGGGAUGUCCUUAAGGGACUUGAAUAUCUACAUCGAAAGAAUAUUGUCCACCGUGAUAUUAAGCCGCAAAAUGUGCUCUUGCUAGAGAAUGGUUUGUGCAAAUUGAGUGAUUUUGGCACAUCGCAGCGUCUCCAGAAAAUCUCUUCUUCAAACAGACCAGAGGGAACUCCACCCUACAUCGCUCCUGAGGCCGCACGGGGCAAGGCUGAAAAGGCGUCCGAUAUAUGGAGUUUCGGAAUAAUGAUGGCUCAGAUCUUAAGUGGUAGUCUGCCUUGGCCAAACGUAAAGAAUAUGACGCCACACGUUUUCCUCUACAAUGUGGGAAAAGUGGAAAGCUUUGUUCCUCAGGUAGAUGACAGAAUUUCAAGUGAUGCGAAAGAAAUCAUCAUGCGGUGCUGUAGACGUAAUCCAUCUGAAAGGCCAACUGCGCGUAAGCUUUUGGCCGAUCCAUUUUUUACCCCAACUCGGGCCUAUGUUAGUUCUACAGCAACGAAUCGACGCUCACUGGGCGUAGACGAAAUUUUUCAAAGUGGUUCGCCUAAUGGCUCUCAGGACAAACGUUCUUAUGAUUGCCUUUCUAUUCCAGGCUCACGAGGGAAGAGAGUAGAUAGCAUUAACAGUCUCCACAAGUGA